AUGAGCCGUGUGGAGCUCGAGAAAGAGAUAGUUGAACUUGAGCUUCGAUUGGAAAAUACUCGCAAUCGGUUGCAAAAUGGCGCAAAGCUCCCUGGCAAGAAUCCUUCAGCAGACUCGUCCAUCACAAGUACAUUUAACAGGAAAUCACAGCUUCCAUCAUUCGUGCAUUCCCUUCUGCUGAUAUGUGACUCGGCGUUGCCUCUCGGUUCCUUCGCCUAUUCAAGCGGUCUAGAAUCAUUCAUAGCGCACAACAAAGCUCUGCCGGUCCAGAAUGCGCAUGCCGCAUCAUUUAAAAGAUUUCUUAAGCUAUCCAUCACCUCAGUAUCCAGUACUUCUUUACCCUACCUCUUCGAAGCCUAUCGUUCGCCAGCAGAGCUUGAAAGAUUAGACAAUGAUCUAGAUGCUUCAACGCCUUGUACAGUAGCACGGCGAGCAAGUGUAGCGCAGGGCAGAGCACUUUUAGGCGUAUGGGAGAGGUCUUUUCGCGGUACAUACUUGCAACGCAGUCAUGCUGUCGAUUCCUCUCCUGCAUCUGCUGUGGCGGCUAUUGAAGGGUUUGCAGAAGCACUGAAAUUUGGCGAGAAUGAUGACGAAAGCUUAGGCCUAAGUGGACAUUUCGCUCCAUUAUGGGGUGUCUUGUGCUCUGCAAUGGGGAUUGAGAUUAAUCUAGCUGCUUAUACUUUCAUGCUGAAUCAUGCAAAAGCAGUCAUGAGUGCUGCUGUGCGUGCAUCUGUCAUGGGCCCUUAUCAAGCGCAGAGCAUUCUGGCCAGCGAAGACCUCUGUGAUUUGAUCAAUGAGCGGAUAGCGUAUGAAUACGACACCAAAACUGAAGACGCUGGUCAGGUUGCGCCAGUACUAGAUUUAUGGGUGGGGAGGCACGAAUUACUAUACAGCAGGAUAUUCAAUUCAUGA